AUGGAAGGGAAACCAGCUAUCGGUAUUACUCUUUUCUUAUCAUAUCUUGUUCUAGUAAUCAACGGAGAUCCAGCAGAGCCGAAUCAAGAUGAGAAUAUUGGUUCAAUCCUCAUCCACAGAUAUGUUAACAAGACCAUUCAGGCAGAAGAUGGUGAUGUCUACGAUUGCAUUGAUAUAAAUCGACAGCCAGCUUUGAAUCAUCCGUUGCUGAAAGGCCAUAUAAUCCAGAUGAAACCAAGCUCAUAUCCAUCGGGUCUUGAUAUUCAGUCUGAAUUACCACCUAACAUAUCGCAAGCACAACUGCCAAAUAUCGAGUGCCCAGGAGGAACAAUUCCGAUAUUGCGCAAAAUCAAGGUUCACAAGGAGGUCACCAUGCCUUUACUAAACAUUGGUACAAUGGAUGAUAAACAAGGAGAGAAAGCAGCAAUCAGAUAUUGGGAUGAUAAUCAUGGAACACGUGCUGCGAUAAAUAUUUUCGAGCCACUUAUGACAAGAACAAAUGGUGAUCUUAGUGCGUCAUGGGCACAAAUUAAUAAUGGUCUAGAAGCAAUAGGCGCUGGUUCAAUGAUAUGGCCAAGCUACAGUGGAGACAACUUUGCCAGGCUACAUGUUCACUGGGUGGAUAGUGCAAACAAGCCAUGCUACGAUCUCGAUUGUCCUGGCUUUGUGCAAGUUGACCCGAAUGCUGGCAUAGGAGGAAGAAUGCAAUCAGUUUCUACCUAUAAUGGACCACAAUAUCAAUACGAUGUUAUAUUUUUUCAGGACUGGUGGUUUGCAGUAGGUGACAAGAACGUUCCCGUUGGAUACCGUCCGAUUGGGUACUGGCCAAGCUCACUCUUCAGUGCCAUGAAGGACAAGGCUCACUUCUGCUUCUGGGGUGGGCUGGUCCGCGGCCCGACGGCGUCCACGGACCCGCCGCUGAUGGGGAGCGGCCAUUUCGCGGCGGAAGGGUUCGGGAAGGCGGCGUUCGUGAGGGAUAUCAAGGUCGUGGACGGGAGCAACAAGUUUGUCAACCCGAACGCCGGCAAGGCCCGUCCGGGCAGCUCGAGACAGCAAUGCUACACAGUCGACGGCUUCGGCGUCAACGACGGCGGUAUGCAUACGUUUUACGGCGGGCCGGGGCAUUGCCGCGAUUGA